CAAACAACCCUCGAAUACCUAAUACAAACCAGGUGGGAAAACGUAGGAGAAGGGAGAAUAGAUAUCCAGUCCAAACGCGGCAGGCUCGCUCUCUCUCUCUCUCUCUCUCUCUCUCUAUCUACUGAAAUGGAACCUAACGAAAGUGGACUGAGCUCCUACUACCACCACCACCCCCCGCAGCAAAACCAGCAGCCACAGCCUCCUCCUCCCCAGCAGAGCCCCACCUCCGCCUCUCCCGCCGCCGUCAUCGCUUCUCCCACCAACGGAACCCUCCCGCCUCACACGGCGUACCCUUCCUCGACCGUCACGCCGACGUCGGAGGGAGGGAAGAGGAAGAGAGGGAGACCCAGGAAGUACGCCACGCCGGAGGAGGCGGCGGCCGCCAGGAAGGCCCUGCUGGCGUCGUCGAUCCCCAAGAAGAAGAAGAAGGACAAGUUCGUUGGGGGCGGUGGUGGGGGUGGGGGUGGUGAUCCGUCGUCGUUUUCUGUUUCGUAUUCCAAGAAAACCCCGGUUGCUCCUCCUGGCGUUGGCAAUGUUGGCCAAGGUUUCACACCACAUACACUUAAUGUAGCUGCUGGAGAGGACGUGUACCAGAAGAUUAUGUUGUUCAUGCAACAAAGCAAGUCUGAAAUAUGUAUUCUGUCUGCAUCUGGUUCCAUCUCUAAUCCUUCUCUACGCCAACCGGCAACAUUUGGAGGCAACAUCACAUAUGAGGGACGCUUUGACAUCCUAUCACUUUCUGGAUCUUACAUCCAUACCGAACUUGGUGGGAGAAGUGGUGGCCUAAGUGUUUGCCUCUCUAGCACGGAUGGCCAAAUCAUUGGAGGUGGAAUUGGUGGACCCCUUAAGGCUGCAGGCCCAGUACAGGUAAUCGUUGGUACGUUUGUGAUUGAUGCCACUGGUGGCAUGAAAGGUGAUGCUUCUUUCCCCAAGUUCCAAUCACCAGUUGGUGGUUCGUCAGUUUCAUAAGUAACAGAACUUUGGGAGUCGAUUCAUGGUUCGACCUCGUACUGUGCAGCUAACAGCCUCACCGGCAACUGACUGGAGGUGUGGAGUAGACGCUAAGGGUACUGGCGGGUUAUGAACUGGGAGUUGUAGUUUACUUUUUCUAAUGUAAGUGUGUAUGAGAUAGAGAGAGGGAGACAGAGAUGUACUAUUUUGCUGGCUGGGAAGGUCUUAGGUCGCCAAUCACGAGUAAAUGGCGACUGUGAGUAGAUUCAAGAAACUGCUAUUCUGUCGUAUAGAUCUUUGUAUCAAAAUUGCUUCGCUGAAAGUAGGUAGGUGUACAACUCUGCGCUUUGGAAGUGGAACUAGUUCCGUUUUUUUCUUUUUUCUUUUUUCUUUCCCUUCUGUAGUUCUAGAGCGUGCGUUAGUAAUUCUUCUUUUUCUGGGAAUUCUGUUUUCCAAAUUGCUUUGACAAAUGUUUGUGCAUGGGAAUCUGUUUGUGUA